AUGGACUGUCUCCUCGGCGCCAGGAGGCCCGAGGCAGCCGCAGCUGUUUCUUUUCCCGUACACCCUGUCACCCACACCGCGGCAGGCGCGCGUCCCGUCACAGGAACCCCUAUAGCUGCGAGCACCCCCGAAGACAAAGGCACCCGCACAGCCUCAGUGGCUGGUCCGGUGGGUCUCCUCCUCCAUGGGCCUGAGACCCCAUCGGAGCCAGUCGCCCCAUCAGCAGCUCCUGCAGCCCUGGCAGCAGUGGGCGCGUCCGUCACCGGUCUCCGUCCCCACAUACCUGAGAAGUCCCCAGAGCAGGAAUCAGCCAUCAUUGGUCCACAGUUGCCCACAGCCAUGGAAGGGCCAGCAGCUGUGGGCAUCUCAGCAGCCCGUCUCCCUCCCAACAAGCCUGAGGGGCCGCCAGGGCCCAGACCUUCCCCCAUGGGCACGGGCAUCCUGGCGGUGCUGGGCACCCCCAUCCUUGUGGGAGCCCAGGCGUCCACAGGUCCUCCCGCUGUCUCCCUCUCCCCCCACAGGCUUGCAACACUUCUGGCAGUGGACUCCUCCAGGACAGGCCUAGGUGUGCUGGGGACCAUGGGCACCCCACCAGCUGUGGACACCUCUGCAGUCUGCCUCCUUCCUGGCAAGCCGGUCUCCAUCCCCAGAGGACCGGACACCCUGGCAGCUGUGGACUCCUCAGUAGUCCCAGGCACUCUGGUACUCGGUCUCCUUCCCCAAAAUCUCGGGACACACCCGGGGCCUGUCUCCUCCCCGAGCCCAGGUGCUUCAGGAACCCCGAUAGCCUGUCUCCUUCCCCACAACCCAGGGAAACCCACAGAGCCAGCGUCCUCCCGCAGAGACCACAGCUCCUCAGGAGCCGCAGGGACCCCUGCUGCCACAGGCACUGUGGCACUCUGA